AGGAGAGAAGUGUUCGAUGUCUGUAUUUGGAGCGCACAGCAUUUUCCCGUUUAUCCGCAUGUAUAGUCAUAGUAGAAGUAAAUUUCGAUAUCAGGUGGACCAGGAUGGCUAGUCUUGUUGUACUCGACGUCGACCCUCUAUCUUUGAUAGAAAAACAGUUGUAGUGAAACUUUGGGUGCUCGGUCACAUCAAUCUAACUACGUCAAACUAGCUAACCAUUCUGCGCAUGAUGAUAUUUUCCAUCUAUCGCUCUUAUCGCUCGUCUUGUGAAUAAAUGCAUUGACCCUAGAAGAUGGGUCUACUGUUCUUGCUAAUCCAGCUUACGUACUCUACUGUUCUUGCUGUAUAAGGUAGGUCUACUGAUCUUUAUUCGCACGUGCAUCAUGAUCCAAAAUAUUUGCUAAAGGACACCAACUUUGAUAUUAUCCGAUCGGGUAAUAUAGAAAAAACAGUCUUGUUGAUUAGGCGACAUCAAUUGUAUCUAAUAUCAGAUACUCGUGCUGCUCCUGAGUAAGUAUAAGUAUAUCUCGUUAUAAGAACAAUCUUCGUCAGAAAAAACAAUGUUGGCUGCUUCCAUCCAUAUAGCUUCUCCUGAUGGAGGCGACAGCAAGGCUGCAGUUUCGCCAAGAUCUUCAGGGUUCCAUUUCUUGUCUCCGCUGAGACACGUCGUCGGUGCGGUGCGUCGUUUGACUGCUCGGUUGCAAGGCGACUCGGAUGACGAGGACUUGGGCGAACGCGCCAACCUGUACGCUGGCGACGUCAUAGAGGGGGAAGGUGGUCUGCACGAUGUUCGCUUCAAGAUCGCCAAGAAAUUAGGGGAAGGUCGAUUCAGUUCGGUCUUUUCUGCGGAAUCGAUGCUGGUGCGUGGGGCUGGAGGAAACAAUGGAAACGGGGGCGGAAACGGCACCAAUGGAGGACCAUCGAAUUUAGGGCCUGCACGUGCUUGCUCGCCGAGUAAUACAAAUGGUGGAUCUACUUCCACUCUCCUGUCGAUCCCUGGUGAAGCUGAGGCCAAGAAACGCGUCAGGGAUCAAAAAGCUUCUUCUUCUUCUGCUAACGGAGAACUGCAGUUGUACCCAAUUGACGACCACGUGAUCCACGAAUCUAUUCCUCCUGUUGUGGCGGUUAAAGCGCUACGAUCUCAGGCUAGCUUAGACGAAAUGCAAGGAGAAAUCUCUGUCCUGCGCAGUUGCCAUGUUAAGGCUCCUUUCUUUCUCAGUACACGCAAACGAAUUGUUCAUCGCUUGUAAAGGGGUGUGUCUUUUUCUUUUUCUUCCAAUUUGGUUUCCUUUUCUUUAAGAAAAAGGAAACCAAAACGUCCCAAAAUAAGACGCUUUUCUUGUUUCAAGCAGAUGAGUAUAAUUGGCGAAAGAUAUUAGCAAUGUUGUACGUCUUUUUUGCACUGUUCUCUCCGCUUCAGAGCUUGUUUGUUUCUCUUUUUUUAGGUCUACUAGUUAAUACAAGUAGUACAACUACUUCUAACGAUAGCUGUCCGUACAUCAUCGAUUUUUACGGAUUUGCGCAUUUCCAUUUCAUGGGGACCGAUCCACACAAGUGCUUACUGCUUGAGUUGGCCCACUCCGAUUUGCACAGCAUGGUCCAGAAGGGAUUGACGGUGCAAAACAAAAAUGUGAUCCGGCAGAUUGGGCCUCAAAUGCAUGACGCUUUACUGUUUUUGAAGAAAAACUCCUACGUUCAUCUAGAUUUGAAGUUAAGGCUACAACCGCUCAAGCAUCGAUCCUCAAACAGCAUCAUCCGAUCGAUCCGUAUCCUUGGCCCUUUUUAUACCUCAUCCUUGGCAACCUCAUUUCUACUUGAAAAAGAGGCUUUCUACUUGAAAAAGAAGCACCCAUCGAUCAAGGAUCCUAUCAACACUCUUAAAGAGGAAGAUGCUAACAAGGCGGUAGCUCCAAUGAAGCCAGAAAACGUCGUAGUGAUGCCUCCCAGACAUUGGAAUGCAAUGGACCGGAAAGCCGCGGUCUCAGGGAAAAAAAAGAUGCAACUGGGUAUUUCCAACUCAGAAAGAGGAGGAGACGAUGAUGUCUAUUUUCAUUAUGGUCAAGUCACUCAUUUACAUUCGUAAUAGAGGAUAAGUAAGCUCUUUCUUGCACUUGCACUCUGAAGUAGGCCUACAUGAUCAUUAUGUAUGCUACUCAGCGUCAGCUACAGCUUUCUUAUGCAUCUUCUUGGAAGUCUCCUUGUUUUUGCAUAGUACAGCAUCAGAAAUACUAGAAGACACUGAUGUGUUGACUGUUAGUGCCCUAUAGCUCCUAUCGGAUAAGGUUGUGAUCUCCUCUAGUAAGUAGAUGAUAGGGAUAGGGUCCACCUCGGGGCUGCAGAUAAUAUUAUGAUGACGACCGACGCCGACCCUUGUUGACGAAGUUUCUUCGACCCUUGUUGACGAAGCUUCUCCGACCCUUGAUGAUGUUGCUGAAUUAUUUGUCUCGUUUCUUCUAAGUUAGAGUGAUGACGUUGCUGAAUUAUUUGUCUCGUCUCUUCUAAGUUAGAGUGAAGAUCUCUGA